AUGGCUACCAGGGGGACAAAGUUUUACGUCUUCUACUGGGAGGGCAAGGACCAUGACGGGAUCGACCUGAGCAGCCUGAAAUCCUGCAGUUCUUGUGGGAAGCUUAGAGAUCCCUGGCGGUUCCGGCUGGACAAUGUGCAGGCUUGCCUCCGGUCCUGCACCAAGGAAGGCGAGAUCUUUCGCGAGGAGGUCGCCGAGUUCUGGUGCGUCUCGCCCUGGACCAUCGUCUCCUACAACCUCGCAAAGUUCGCCGCCUACUUGUCGAAGAGGAGGACCAAGGCACUCACAGAGGCUGUGGUUCUCGGCACGGCCAUGUCCAUGUAUCAAGGGGCCCCGCAGAAACUUGACUCUGGCGUCUGGGUGGAGGGUUUCGGCCACCACAUGUCCUGGCAGAGUUGGCUCUCGUGGAGGGCCGGGAACAUCAGGUCCCGGGCGCAGAGGAACGGCAAGAAGUGUGUCGUCAUGCACUUGGAUGGGGCGGGUGAUGAGCUCCUGAACCAUCCAAUGCCUUCGCCGGCCGAGCAGGAGAUCGAGUCUGUCAUUUUCAUCCUCGGUGGCCCUGAUGGCAUCAAGCCGGGUGUUGCCCGAGAGCUGCAUCAUAUUCUGUCACAGAAAUCGCACGCCUACCUGAAGGUGCGCCUGCCUGGGGGCAAGCAGCACUCGAACGUGGUGAUCUCUGACCUGCUCAUGGCCUACGAUCGGGGCAGCUUGCUUCACGACGUUCAGCAGCGCCUGAAGAUGGGCAAAGAGGGCUACGCGGAGUUCAAGGACAGCGUUUCCGAUCUCAUGGACCUGAUCGCAGGUGGCUACGAAACCCACGAGCAGGCGAUGCGGAUGCUGCAGAAGCUCAAGGCGCUCGCCGCAGGGAAGGAAGACCAAGAGGUUGCUCCUCCCGAUUCUCAGAGCCUCAGCGACAAGGAGCAGGCAGCUGACGCAGAGGAGUCCGAGGUGGAGCAAGCCACGCCAGAGGCGACGCCGGAAGCGCCGGCGGCUGUGAGCCUCAUUGAGAACGGAUGGUUCAUAGAGAAGAACGCGCAAUGGCCCGGCCAGGCCAACGCGUUGGAGGUGAAAGAGGUGCUUAUGCACAAGAAGACCCAGUUCCAGGACUUGUUGGUGUUCGCUUCUGCGAAGCACGGCAACGUGAUCGUGCUGGACGGGGUCAUACAAAUCACAGAGCGGGAUGAAAUGUCGUAUCAGGAGAUGCUGGCGCACCUGCCCAUGUUCUCCGCCGACAAGCCAGCGCACGUCCUCAUCAUCGGAGGCGGAGAUGGAGGCGUUCUUCGCGAAGUGGUAAAGCAUGACACCGUGGAGAAGGUGACAUGGUGUGAGAUUGAUGGCGAUGUAGUUGAAGCUGCCAAGAAGUACAUGCCCAAUGUGGCCAUAGCUGUGAGCAAUCCGAAGGUGGACCUCAGAGUCGGCGAUGGCGUUGCCUUCGCUGAGUCCUCCAAGGACAACAGCUUCGACGUUAUCAUCGUGGACUCGUCUGAUCCCGUCGGCCCAGCCGAGAAGCUGUUCUCCAAGGAGUUUUACGUGAACGUGCAUCGCAUCCUCAAGCCCGGCGGCGUCGUCUGCUCGCAGGGAGAGUGCCUGUGGCUGAAUGAGGCCCGGUGGGUUUAG